AUGGAUUUAUUUCUUAACGAAUUUGAUGAAUAGUAUCAAAAUAUUCAAAUUUUUGAACAAGACUAAAAAAUACAGGAUAAAGGGAAUAAAAUAAGCUAAAUCUUAUAUUAAAACAUUUUUUAAAUAAACAAAAAGUCAUUUUUGCAAUUAUUGAAUCGAAUAGCAAAAUUAUAAUUAGAUUACUAGGCUUCAAAGAUUGUUCAAAAAAAUAAAACUAAUUUAAUCACCAAGAAAUAUAGUCAAUCUUCUUCAUAAAAAUUCCUAAAAAUAUACUUGAAUUUAUUUUCUAUUAUUAUUUUCUUUGAACAAAAAUUUAUAUUAAAUUGCACAAAGUUCUUGACUAACUAUGUAUUUUGUAACAAAUAUUUAAAAUUUAACAAGAAAAUACCAAAUUUAAAAUUAAAAAAUAAAUAAUAAUACAAUUUCAAGAUGAAUAAAAGUCAAUAUUAUUAAUAAGAUUAAAUAUAGAAAAAGAGGAAAUCAAAUUCUAAAAUUUUAAAGUAGAAUCUAAUAAUUGAUAUAAGUAUUUCUGUCGAUGAAGAUUAGCUAAAUAUGGAUCUUAUUAAAGAAUAAAAUUAUAAAUAAGAGCAUAAAUCAAAAAUAAGACUGAAUUAAAUUAAUAUAAAUUUUAAUCCCAAGACGAUAAUAAAAUCUCAAAAACAUUAAAAGGAUAUCUCUUCUAUCAAUUAUACUUGA